AUGUUGAGUAUAUUCAUCCUUAUAUUUCUAUUUAUCACAACUUAUGUUUCAGCAUUGGGUAUAUCGGUCCUGCCGGUGAAGUAUGGCCAAAGUAAACAAAUGUCAUCGAUUUCCAACUUACAUCACUGCGUAACCUACGAAACAAAUGUGAAUGACAUCAUCUUUGUCACAGUCAAAACAGAAGAAAAAUUACCGUCACAAAUACUUAACUUGAAUAUCUUUGACAGCGAUUCAAACCAGUUGCGUAACCAAAAGGAUAUUGGACAGAGGGAAAUUGAAUUGAUUAUCUCCCAUGCUAAUAAUAAGUAUCGAGAAGUGAAGUCAAGUAAACGAGGAGAAGCUGCAAAAAAGACCAUCAAUAUAUGUUUUGACAAUGUAUACACGGAUAUGUCAUGGUCUUUCACCCCUGCCGAUUAUGAAGUUGAGUUAUUUGUUGAUAUAAAGAAGGAUAUGAAAGACACCAAUUAUGAUUUAUAUAGGAAAUAUUUCUCAAAGCUGCGAAAGCAAACCGAGAAAUUCACUCAGGAAAAUCUCGACACCAACAUGGAGGAAGUUAAACAAGAAUUGAAUGCUAUAGUUGAAAAGUUGGAAUCGCUGGAAUCAAUAUUACGAGACUUAAUGGAUCAAGAAUACAAAUUACGAGAUGUCAAUGAAGAAAUUUACAGUGGCUAUACCAUAAUUUCCAUUGUGGUUCUUUCUUUCAUUGUAUUUUCAGGGCUAAUUCAAUUGAUUUAUUUUAAAUGCUAUCUAAAGAAGAGAAAGCUUUUAUAG